AGUGUGAAAAUUGGUUGGAGGACGAUAGAAAUUUCACUGCCAUGCUUUUCUACAUUAUUUUUAAGGAUAAAACUUUGUAAAUGGCCUUGAGGAACCACAGCGCCAUUACUGAGUUCAUCCUUCUCGGGUUGUCUGCUGACCCCAAGAUCCAGGCUCUACUCUUUGUGUUCUUCCUGGGCAUUUACCUCCUGACCAUGCUGGGGAACCUGAUGAUGCUGCUGGUCAUCAGGACUGAUUCUCACCUCCACACGCCCAUGUACUUCUUCCUGAGUCAGCUCUCUUUUAUUGAUCUCUGCUUCUCUUCAGUCACCGUGCCCAAGAUGCUGGAGAACUUCCUGUCUCGGAAGAAAACCAUCUCAGUCAGGGGCUGCCUGGCUCAGAUAUUCUUUGUGUUUAUCACUGGAGGGACUGAAGCCUGUUUUCUCUCUGUGAUGGCCUAUGAUCGCUAUGCUGCCAUCUGCCACCCUCUGCUCUAUGGCCAGAUGAUGAGUAACCAGUGGUGUGUGCAGCUUGUGUGUGGCUCGUGGGGCCUGGGCUUUCUGGACACACUCGUCAAUGUCCUUCUGGCAAUGAAAAUGGACUUCUGUGAUAGCUACAUCAUCCCACACUACAGCUGUGAGUUGCCCUCUGUCUUCCUUCUGUCUUGCUCUGAUGUCUCCACCAACUUCCUUGUUAUGCUCUGUUCCACCAUCGCACAUGGACUUAUAACUUUCCUUUUAAUCUUUUUCUCCUAUGUCUGUAUCAUCUUCACUAUCCUUAGCAUCACCUCCAUCUCCGGCAGAAGCAAGGCCUUCUCCACCUGCUCCUCUCACCUCACUGCAGUGAUCUUCUUCUAUGGGUCAGCUUUUCUCUGUGAUUUCAUGCCAACCUCAGGCUCACCCCUUGAGUUGAUCUUCUCUGUGCAGUACAGUGUGAUCACACCCAUGCUGAAUCCCCUCAUCUACAGUCUGAAGAACAAAGAGGUGAAGGCAGCAGUGAGAAGAACACUGGGAAAGUAUUUAUGA